AUGGAUGAAAUGAAGAACAAUGAGAGGAAUUUUGGGAGAGAAAAAGAUGGGUUCUUUAGCUUCUCAGCUUCAGAAGUAAAAAAGAAGAUAAAAAGUUUUUCAGAAAAGAAGCUCUCAGAAGAGGAUGAAGGUGAAGGUGAAAAAGUGAAGGUGAAGGUGAAAGUGGAAGUGAAGGUGAAAGUAAAGGAUCAAAAGGGUUGUGAAGAAGAAGAUGAUCAAGGUGAAAGUGAAAGUGAGAGUGCUUUACAGAGGUGGCUUGAGAUCCUUUUUAUAGUAUUUGUGUCAUCUCAAGUCUUGUCAACUGAAAAGCUGGGAUAUUUUCCUAAUGGAAUACAAAUUUAUAUUGCAGGAUUUGGAGAUGAAUAUUUUGGGACAUCAGAUGGUGAAGAAUCUAAUAAGUCAAAGCUUCAAGCAUAUAAAAGUGUUCUUAAUUCAAAGCAAAUUGAAGAAAGCUUGGUGAAUUUUGCAAGGUGGGAACCGUGCCAUGGUCCUUUCAGAUAUGGUCACCCUUGGAAACAAUAUUUGAAAAUUGGAAGCUUAUUAAGGCAAUGUGCCUACCUCAUUGAUUCUCUUAUUGGCUUCCUUGAUUAUACCAAGAGUCCAUCAGAAACAAAAAAGAAAGUGGAAGAGGCAUGCAUCCAAAUAAGCAAAGAAACAGGAAAAUCUCUAAAGGAAUUAUCAGUGUCAAUCCAAAAAAAGAUUUCACCAUCAUAUGCUGCAAACCCUAGCAUUGAGAAAUCUAAGAUUGUUGCAAUGAACCUCAAGUCCAUUCUCAAAUCAGGGUUAUGGGAAGGAACCAAUCUCUUUGAGGAUAUUCCUCUUGUGAUUGUGACUUAUUUGCUGUUUGAUGUGGUUUCUUGCACUGAGAAACUCGCUGAGUCAAUACAUGAAUUGUCCAUCCAAGGAAAAUUCAAGAAAAAAGACAAUAAAAUAUUGCGACAAGUAACAUGUUUAAACUUUGGCAAAACGUACAAACUUCUGGUGAUAAAAUAA